GACAGUGCUGAGCAGACGGAGCAGACAAGACUGGCCCUGGACUGGACUGCUGACCCAGAAUGGCACAGAACGGAACAGCAGAGAACGGAGUGGCCGAAGGGAUCCCAGCUCUGCCUCUUCCUCAGCCUGUCAAAGUCCAGGAGGUCAGAUACACCAAGAUUUUUAUCAACAAUGAAUGGCACACAUCCAGCAGUGGAAGGACAUUUCCUACUUUCAACCCAGCGACAGGUGUCAAAAUCUGUGACGUGGAAGAAGCAGACAAGGACGACGUGGACAGAGCGGUGGAGGCGGCUCAGGUGGCCGAGCAGAGAGGCUCUCCGUGGCGGAGAAUGGACGCGUCCAGCCGGGGAAGGCUGCUCCACAAGCUGGCCGACCUGAUGGAGAGGGACCGGCUCCUGCUGGCGACCCUGGAGACUCUGGACACAGGGAAACCCUUCCUGCAGUCUUUCUUCAUUGACCUGGACGGCAGCAUCAAAACCCUUCGGUACUAUGCAGGCUGGGCCGACAAGAUCCAUGGCAAGAGUCUUCCUAUAGAUGAAAGCUUCAUGUGUUUUACCAAACACGAGCCUGUCGGCGUAUGCGGAGCCAUCAUUCCAUGGAACUUUCCUCUGCUGAUGUUCAUGUGGAAGAUGGCACCGGCCCUGAGCUGUGGAAACACUGUGGUCAUCAAGCCAGCGGAGCAGACCCCCAUCACGGCCCUCCACGUUGGAGCGCUCAUCAAAGAGGCGGGCUUCCCUCCUGGAGUUGUGAACAUUGUUCCUGGGUUUGGUCCCACAGCAGGAGCAGCCAUCGCCAACCACAUGGACAUCGACAAAGUGGCUUUCACUGGCUCUACAGAGGUCGGCCAGCUGAUCAAAGAAGCGUCAGCCAAAAGUAAUCUGAAGAGAGUGACUCUGGAGCUGGGAGGGAAGAACCCCUGCAUUGUGUUUGCUGACUGUAACUUGCAACUGGCUGUGGAGGAGACCCAGAAAGGAGCUUUAUAUAACCAGGGUCAGUGCUGCACGGCUGCAUCACGCGUCUUCGUGGAAGAAAGUAUUUAUGAGGAGUUUGUGCGUCGCAGUAUAGAAAACGCAAAGAAGAUUGUCACAGGAGACCCGCUGGACCCCCGGACAUCACACGGGCCACAGAUCAGCCGACAGCAGUUCGACAAGAUUAUGGAUCUGAUAGAGAGCGGGAAGGAGGAGGGAGCCAGGCUGGAGUACGGAGGAGCAGCUGUGGACGAGAAGAGCCUCUUCAUCCAGCCCACCAUCUUCUCUGGGGUCAAAGACCACAUGCGCAUCGCCAAGGAGGAGAUCUUCGGUCCGGUGCAGUGUAUAUUCAGCUUUAAAAGCCAGCAGGAGGCCAUAGAGAGAGCAAACAGCUCACAAUAUGGCCUGGUGUCAGCAGUCUUCACAACCAGUAUGGACAGAGCUCUGUCUGUUUCUGCAGCCCUGGAGACUGGCACCGUCUGGAUAAACUGCUACAACGCCCUUCAUGCCCAGACUCCCUUUGGAGGGUAUAAGAUGUCAGGCAACGGACGAGAGCUUGGAGAGUAUGCUCUUUCUGAGUACUCGGAGGUGAAAGCAGUGACCAUCAAGCUGAGUGAAACCCUGUGAGAAGAACUGGCUGACAUGUCUAUCGCAUCACAAUUGUCUCCAACCCACACAGUCCUUUGUCUUCAGUCAUGCUCAUGGUGUUGAGAUUAGGGUUAGGCCAAUAUAUGACUUAGUCUAAACAGUUUAUCAGAUCCCAGAAAGAGUCAGCGUUUGUUCACCUUUAUUUGGUGUAAUAGAGGAGAGACUUUAACUCAACAGCUUCAGUAUUGUCACUGCACAAAACGGCUUAUGCUCUAUUUUACAGGUUUGUAAUAUUAUAAUAAUUUAUACAGUCCUCCCCGACAUAAGUAUGUGAUUUGGUACUACAGUAAUUAUGGGUAAAAAAAAAGAGACUGUGUUCAGUCGGUACAAUUACAACAAAAAGUAAUUGCUUGCUUACCCCUUAGAGCCCAGGCAUACCGUUCAACAUGUAUGAUGAAUUAAGUUUCUAAUAACAAAUGAAUAAAUAUUUACUUGGAUUAAAAUAGGGAAAUUAUUUUAAUGAAAUUCCAAUUUAUCCCAGAGUACAUUCUUGGAAAAUAUAAAAAAUUUAAAAAUACAAAAGCUGAGAUACAAUUUUUUUUUACAAAAAAGAAAGGGGGAUCUACUUAUUAAGAUUUUCAGCUACAUCUGGUGGCCUUCAUCAGUGGAUGGAGUUUGCUCCACGGUCAUGAAGAUAGCUUAGUUGUCAUCACAUGACCUAAGUUUUUUUUGUACAGGGAAAUGGUAACCGCUGUCUCUGAUCAAAUAUUUGAUCAGAGACAGUGGUUACCAUUUCCUCCAUUUUACCAUGUCCUCCUUGAUCGACUUGUCGACAUUCCAUAUAAGAUGAGGCAUCCCAAUGAAAACUGAAGAAACUUCAUCUGCUGAUGAAGCGUGUGAAAGUGUCUGAGAGCUCUGAGAGAGUUCAGUCACUGGACCUAGUUCUUUCUACUGUCAAUAAUAAACCUUAAAGUUAAACUGGUAUGGUUUUUUUAAUUCCCCCGUAGACCCACGGCUCUCCUUUUAUAAUUCAUUCAGCUGGAAAGUUCAGCUGUCCCAGUCUUUAUGGGCCCUUAAUCAGAACUCAGUGAGUCUGAGGGAGAUGAGAGGAGGUUUUCGUUCAUGUUGACUGUCUGGGACAUCCCUCGCCGAAAAGUGUAAAAAGAAUACUCCAGCAGUUAUAAUGAUACAUUGGUUUGCCUGUCUAGUCCAGCUCCUAAAGCAGAUUAAUCCCCUGAGAUACAAAAAUGCACAAAACAUAGUGAUUAAUCAUCAAUGACAGGGUUUUGCAUAUUGGAAUCUCAUCAAAUCUCCCUGCAUGAAAUUACGUGGGAAGGUCAAAGAAAAUAAUACUGUUUAUAUUUGUGAUUUCUGAUUGUUGAGUAGCUGUUCUAUGCAGAUACUUUUUUUAUUUUAUUUCUAACUGUGAUUGAAUAUGAAUGUUGAAGAAUAUGUGCCUUUCCUUUCAAAUGUUGGAAGAAGCUCUGUUUCCUUUCCCAGAUAAGGUGAUAUUUAUCUUAUCAGUAACAUUUUAGUACGGUAACAGCUACAAUGUUAUCUUUGGAUGGAUAGUGUCAACUUUAACCAAUAUAUAUGUUAGAGUGUUGUUUAUUAUCACACGUGGGAAACAAGUCUGUCUCUGCAUUUUUAGUUUUGUAUUUAAAUAGAA